GAGACGGUGAAGAGGCGUCAGGAAGAGGUGGCAGCGAAGUGGAGGGUGGAGGUGGAGGCGGAGGCGGCGUGAACGUGAGAAUUUGAGAGAGAAGAUUGACUUUUAAGAGUGAAGCGCAAAUCAUUUGGAGGGAGGUGACUCCGAUUUGAGUACGAAAAAUGUAUGUGCCGGCAAAGAGCGAUCAUCAAAAUCAUUGUCGUCGCAAGAAAGAAAUCAAAUGGAAUUUUGUACUUCGUUUGCUAGAGAAAGGGCAAAGUUGGAGGCAUUUUCGUACUCAAUCACGUCGGAGUUUCUUCCAUGGAAGGAAUGAAGAAUAUUAAGUCUGGUCAAUGGAAUUUAUUCAAAAAUCUACAUAUAUUUUCUCUUGGUGCCUGUAAAUUGUAAACUAGAAAAUCAAGAAGUGUUGAGAGAGAUAUGGACAAUGGAGAAGAGAACGAUAUCAUUUGCUUGGAUGAAUCUUUCUUCGUCAACGACAACUACCAAAUCGCAAGGUUUACAUUUGGGUCACAAAUUCUUGAACUCUACUGCCUCCAGUCCGCCUCCGCUGAUUUUGAUUUGACAGGGCAGAUGGUAUGGCCUGGAGCAGAGCUCUCGAAUAAUUAUCUCUCGAAGAAUUCUGACAUUCUGCGAGGGUGUUCUGUUAUCGAGCUUGGCUCUGGUGUUGGCAUUACGGGGAUACUCUGUAGCAGAUUUUGUAGGGAGGUAGUUAUGACUAACCAUAAUGAUGAGGUUCUUAAGGUCAUAACAAGGAAUAUUGAGUUAGACGACUCUUCCAAGAAUUCAACUUGUUUUACCAAAUUGAAAUCUGCAAAGCUAGAAUGGGGAAAUUCUGAGCAACUUGAUGACAUAUUGCAGAGGCAUCCAGAAGGAUUUGAUCUUGUUCUUGGAGCUGAUAUUUGCUUUCAGCCAGCCAGUGUUCCUCUCCUCUUUCAUACUGUGAAAAGGCUCCUCAAUGUCGGCCUCAAAAAGAAGUGUCGGUUGGUGGUGUUAUCCGAAGUGUGUGGAUUUUGACUUGGUUGGGCAUAGUCAGCGUGUAGGUGGGGUUGGAGGAGAGGAAGAAGUUGAUUCUAAAGUAUCUCAAAAUCACUGUGAAGGUGGAAGUAAAGUGAAAGAUUUUAUUUUGGUGUUAUUUGUUAGGUUUUCGUUGUUAGUUUCAUUUGUAGCCAUUAUGGUGAGUUUGAAGACGUAGGUUUUCACAAGUAGAUUGCAGUGCGUGAGUUUGGGAAAAAAAUUUGGCGAAGAAUUACAGUGCGUGAACUUGGGGAAAAAUUUGAUGUGUUCAAAGCAAUGUAAUUUGAUUAUGUGUUCUAAGUAUGAAUUUAUUUAAGUUUCAAGGUUCAAA